AUGGCGCCGAACAAACUGAGCUCGUUUGCGUUCAACCAGCAGCCGCCGCCGCCGAACUACUACCAGCUGCCGCCAUCGCCCCUGUCGGCCUCGACGAUCUUCGACAGUCUCGAGCUGCCCUCGCCGGCCUCCUCAGCCGACCCCUCUCCGCCCCCGGGCCAUCCCCUCAAGCAGCACUACCACCAGCAGCACCCGCUGCUCGUCCGCCCCCCCGCCCAGCGCAUCGGCCCCCCCGCCAUCCACUCCGCCCAGUCUGCACGCUUCGGCCCCGCGUCGAUCAGGAUCCCCCCGCCCCUCAGACAGGCCGGCGCCCUCCAGGAAGAACUCAUCGCCCCCAUCCUCUCCGCCCCAAGCAGACUGGAGUCGAAGCUGUGCCCCCACCUCGACUCGCCCGCCUACCCCCCGCCACCGUCCCUCUACCCCGCCGACCACCCGAGCCAACAGCAGCAUGUGUUCUGCCAGGGCAAACAGUUCGGCCUCUCGCUCCGGGACUUCCGCGUGGUCUGCACCCUGGGCACGGGCACGUUCGGCAAGGUCCUGCUGGUCAGACUCGACCGUCCGCUCCCGCCCCCCGACCACCGUCGACCGGCGACAGAGGAGCAGCAGCAGCAGGGAUACUACGCCAUCAAGGUGCUCGCCAAGGCCCAGGUGGUCCGGCUGAAGCAAGUCGAGCACGUCAACUCGGAGAAAGACCUGCUGGCGCUCGUCUCCAGCCGGGCGGGCUGCCGGCUGAGCCAGUUCUUCGUCAGCCUCAUGUGCACCUUCCAGGACCACAAGAACCUCUACAUGCUGCAAGAGUUCGUGUCGGGCGGCGAGCUGUUCAGCCACCUGCGGCGCGCCGGCCGGUUCGGCGCCGACGUCGCCCGGUUCUAUGCCGCCAACGUCGUGCUCGCCUUCGAGGGGCUGCACGAGCUGGACAUCAUCUACCGGGACCUGAAGCCGGAGAACCUGCUACUGGGGACGAACGGCUACCUGAAGCUGACGGACUUCGGCUUCGCGAAGCGGGUGCCCGACCGGACCUGGACGCUCUGCGGGACGCCCGAAUACCUCGCGCCGGAGAUCAUCCAGUCCAAAGGGCAUGGCAAGCCGGCGGAUUGGUGGGCCUUCGGCGUGCUCAUCUACGAGAUGCUCGCCGGCCACCCGCCCUUCUUCAACCCCGACGCCUCCCUCGCCGCCGGGCCCUUCGCCAUCUACGAGAAGAUCCUCCAGUGCAGCCUCCACUUCUCCCCCUCCGCCGCCGCCUUCGACCCCGCCUCCAUCGACCUCAUCUCCCGUCUGCUCGUCGUCGACCGCUCCAAAAGACUCGGCAACCUCAAAGGCGGCAUCCACGACAUCAAGGCCCACCCGUGGUUCCGCGGCGUCGACUGGGCCCUGCUGGCCCUGCAAGCCAUCCCCGCCCCGAUUCUGCCCAAAGUCUCCCAGCCGGGAGACUCGUCCAACUUCGACCGAUACCCGCACGUCCUGAUGGACGACCUCCCCGGCUUCCUGCCCAGCCCGCCCCAAGCCUUCCCCAGCCGGCUCGACAAGUACAAGCGAGACUCGCCAUCCCCCACCCUCCCCUCCUACCACCCCUUCUCCUCGCCCCCGCUGGCCCCCGAGGACCCGUUCCGUAUACAUUGCUUGGAGUAUGCUGUUUAG